AUGGAAGGGAAGGUGGAUUUGAAUGAUUCAAAUGCCCUGUGGUACUCAAAAGACAGCGCUGUAUUGCGCGACGAGCUCGGUAUUGAUGAAACCGAGACAGAUAUGGAUCUUAGCUCUGAAACCGCAGCUAGCCCACUUGGUACACCAUUAACCAAUCAAAAUGUUUCACCUCAACGUAAUCCUAUUGGAGGGCGACCAGCCUCUACAGUCGAUGAACCUUCAAAGCCUUCGAUUCCAGCGAAGAGAACACGGAUCACUCCACCUUCUCCAGAUCUCACAUACGAUUUGAAACGGAAUGUACUUGUGUCUAACACCAAUAUCAAUUGGAGAGUGCCUGACAUGAAGUUCAAUUUAAUGUAUGGUCGUGAUCCUGUACGUUUAGAUAACGUUAAGGUUAACACCUUGUUAACACCAAGUCGCGUAAAACUGCCGAUUAUGGUGCCAUCGCCGAAGCAACCGCCAUUGAAACGCAAAAAAUUUGAAGAUUAUGAAAAUAACGUCGACUCCCCAAAGCUGAUUGUUCCACCUGUACCAAAAAGACCAGUCGAAUCAGCAAUGAAUUACAUUAUGCCAGGUCUUCCUCUGCCAAACCCUUUUAUGUAUCCACCGCCGCCUGUUUUGUAUGAAGGAGCUCCAAGUGUACCACCUUCGCUUAUUUCUUGUCCUUGGGCUCCUUUUCCAUUAGCAAAUGUUAUGUUAGAUAGAAAUGCCAACAUCGAAGUAAGUUUCUUGGCGAUUAUCACAAUUAUCAUUGAGAGUUUUUAAAGUUAUAUUAUUUUAGCUAUUAAUUGAUGUGAAGUUUAAUUAUCCUUGUUACAGAAUCCGAAUCUUGUGCCAUCCACCUUGGUCUGUCAGUUGGACGAAGGAUUACCUCUUCGCUUUGAAUGCGGGAUUUUUGAGAAUCUGCUGUUGUACACUGUCGGUGGGGGAACUCUGAAGGCAAAAGAUGUUGUCAAGGACAAGCUUGUUGGAGUGUUGUUUGCUGCUGAGUUUUCAGAGCCGUCGAAAGAGUUGUUCUUUAAGUUAAAGGUAUGUUUAGGCAGUAUAAUAUAGUAAAUUUGAUGUUCUAGUGGUUUUACGAGACUAUCAAAGCGAUGGGAAAGAAUUUCGAAGUAAUUUGGGUACCUGGGGACAUGAUGUCUACUAAUAAUGAUGAACGUAGCCUACGCAGGAAUGCUAAAUGGCCAUACUUGCAUAGCAAAGAUGUCCGAGUCAGGUAUUGAAUUAAGUUUGCUUUACUUUUGCUAUCUUUCUAUUGCUGAUGAAUAAUUUUGUGAUAUACGGUUCAAUGUUAUAUAAUUAUAGGGUAAUGUAAUUAAUGCUGAUCAUCAACUAUAUAUUACAUUUUCAGUCACUUCAUGAAGUAUUUCCGCGUAACUGCCAUUCCAUCGCUUUAUCUUUGCUCUCCGACCGGUAAAUUGCUUUCUUCGAAUGGCUACAAUGAUGUUCACUUUUGUUCUCAUCGUCCUGAUACUCUGUGGGAGGUAUGGAAGUCUCAGUGUCGUAAAGAAGUCCGUAUGUUGUAG